AUUUACUCUUCCUUUUUAAAAUCCGUGUUAGUAUCUGAAUGAUUUGCGGCAGUGAUUUCAUCAGUUUCGCGCCGAAAAGUGAAUCAAAAAGUCGUGCCAAAAACUCGACAAUAUGGAACCAGACGACGAUCCCUGCAAAACACCGCCAGCAGCAUGUUCUUCCACCAAAUCCUCUCCAUCGUCGUCGUCAAUUCACCCCGAAAAAGAACCUUCACUCAAGUCUUCCAGCACAGAAGAUCUCCCAUCUGGCGGCGAAAGUCCGCAAAAAUCCAAGGAGAAAACCCGGUCGUUCAUCCGAAAGGUCGACGACAAGGUGUCCAAGUGGCAACAAAAGCUAGUUUGCAACUUGGAACACAAACUGGAUCGUGUCAAAAGCAUGCAAACCGGUUCGAAAUUCAAAUCGAGGAGAUUGACGAUGAAUCCGAGUCAUCAUCGUCGAGUGAGAGGAAGCAGCGAUGGUGACGCCAUGACGAGUUAUUCGGCCGUGAGAACGGAAAGCCAGAGUUCAUCUUCCGACACUUCCGUUUCCGUGGUACCGACGCCUUCGCUGCGGCUCAAGGAACCAUCACAGGAACCACCUGGGGAACCAUCAUCAUCACCUGCUGACGGAGAAACCAGAACCAAUGAAACUGAGCAGCCAAUUCCAGAGCCUCCACCGAGAGGCCAAAAAAUGUUUUCCGGACUUCCUCGACACAUGCGUUCACAGCGUUCUGGCAGCAUUACUUUAGCCAUGCUUCGUUCCAGUCAGCCGAGCCUGCGAAGCAACUCCUUCAAACGCCGUCGAAGACUGACGAGCGAGAAAUUGAGCGAAGAUCGUUCCUUCGACGACGACGACGACGACGAAGCCGCAGACACAGUGUCGCUUUUGCUGGCCGACGAGCACGACAGCAAUGUUGACAAUGGAUCAGAACCAGAGGCUGUAAUUAACAGCCCUGUCAUUAAAAGCUCAUUUAAACUGUGCCGCAACUCAUUUACCAGAAGGUACUUCGCGAACCUGUUGCACCUUCGAAGCUCUAGUCCGAGUCUUUAG